AUGGUAAAUCUCAUACCCUCACUCGUUUCAACCUCCCUUUGGCUUCCAUUAGCUCUUCACAUAUUCAUCAUGGGAACUUUAGUGCAGAACUCAGCCCAAGAGGAUGAACAUAUUUUCCGAAGCCGGUCCCCACCUGUCCGAGUACCUGAUAACAUCACAUUGCCAGAAUUUGUGCUCCAAAAUGCAGAAUUAUACGCUGGAAAUGUCGCGUUUGUGGAGGCUGUGACCGGAAAGAAAAUUACGUACGGCGAGGUGGUUAGAGACACAAGGAGGUUUACUAAAGCCUUAAGGUCUCUUGGCCUUAGAAAGGGGCAAGUGGUGGUGGUUGUUCUCCCAAAUGUGGCAGAGUAUGCCAUUGUUGCCUUGGGAAUAAUGGGUGCUGGUGGUGUGUUUUCGGGUGCAAAUCCGUCAGGGCACGCGUCCGAAAUUAAGAAGCAGGUUGACGUUGCUGAUGCCAAGAUAAUUGUAACAAAUGGUGCAACCUAUGAAAAGGUAAAAGCUUUUGGGGUACCGGUAAUUUUGCUUGGAGAAGAAGUUAUUGAAGGUGCCAUGAACUGGGAACACCUACUUGAAGCAGCAGACCGUGCAGGAAACAGAAUUGAUAAGGAGGAGCCGAAGCAGACUGAUCUAUGUGCCCUUCCCUUCUCAUCAGGCACAACAGGAUUGUCUAAGGGUGUAAUGCUGACUCACCGAAACCUAGUAGCGAACCUCAGCUCCACGCUCUUUGGAGUAACGCCGGAAAUGAUUGGUAAAGUCACUGUGCUAGGCCUAAUUCCAUUCUUCCACAUCUACGGGAUCACUGGAAUAUGUUGUGCCACGCUCCGAAACAAGGGAAAAGUUGUGGUGAUGGGAAGAUACGAACUUCGAACAUUUCUUAACGCAUUGAUCUCACAUGAGGUCACCUAUGCGCCCAUUGUGCCGCCAAUCAUUUUGAACUUAGUUAAGAAUCCAAUUGUUGAUGAAUUUGAUCUCAGCAAGCUCAAACUCCAGGCAAUUAUGACUGCAGCAGCUCCUCUUGCACCCGAAGUCCUCAACGCUUUCGAAAACAAGUUCCCCGGCGUCCAAGUCCAAGAGGCAUACGGAUUGACUGAGCAUAGCUGCAUCACACUCACUCAUGCAGGACCAGGUCUUGUAGCAAAGAAAAACUCAGUAGGGUUUAUUCUUCCGAAUUUGCUAGUCAAAUUCAUUGACCCCGACACCGGUCGUUCCCUACCGAGAAACACACCCGGUGAACUUUGCGUGUUGAGUCAAUGUGUAAUGCAAGGUUACUUUAACAACGAAGAGGACACUGCCCGGACUAUCGACAAAGAUGGAUGGCUUCACACCGGAGAUAUUGGCUACAUAGAUGAUGAUGACAACGUCUUUAUCGUUGACCGGAUCAAGGAAUUAAUCAAGUACAAAGGUUUCCAAGUGGCUCCUGCUGAACUUGAGGCCAUUCUUCUCAGUCAUCCCUCGGUUGAAGAUGUAGCAGUAGUCCCGCUGCCGGACGAGGAGGCAGGGGAGAUUCCGGCAGCAAGUGUUGUGAUCGCAGCUGGUGCAAAAGAGAGCGAGGAAGAGAUAAUCAACUACGUGGCCUCAAACGUUGCACAAUACAAGAAAGUGAGAGUGGUGCACUUUGUGGACACAAUUCCAAAAUCGCCCUCUGGGAAGAUCAUGAGGAGGCUUAUCAAGGAGAGCAUGAUAGAAAAGAUCAAGGCAUCUAAGCUCCACUGCCUUAACUAA